UAAUCAUCGUCGUUAAUAAACAUUCUUUGUUCUAGUUGACAUUAUUUCUAUUUUUAAUCAUUAAACGAUAUUUAUGUUUGUCAAUAACCUUGGUAUCUAAUCAAAACACGAUAUUGUUCGCAAGGAAAACAAUUAGUUAACUCCUUUCUCAUUUUUAAUAAAAGCCAAAACUAUAAGUAAUAUUUCAAUUAUAAGUUUCAAACUGACGUUCUAAAGUUCAACACUUAAGAAAAAAAUAUAUAUAUUUAUAUAUAUACACAAAAAUGCCAAAGUGUCCUAAAUGUACGAAAGAAGUUUAUUUUGCUGAGAAAGUCACAUCGUUAGGUAAAGAUUGGCAUCGUGCUUGUUUAAGAUGUACAAAAUGUAAUAAAACUCUUACCUGUGGUAGCCAUGCUGAACGCGAUGGAUCGCCAUACUGCCACAAUCCUUGUUAUAGUGCAUUAUUUGGUCCCGGUGGAUUUGGCCGUGGUGGAGCGGAAUCACAUAAAUAUUGAUGUUACAAAACAGUUUAUAUUGUUGCUACUAUCAUUGUAAAUAAAAAAAUGCAACCAUAAUAUUUAAACAAAGUAUUAGAAAAGUAGUACUAGAAAAUAUAAAGAACUUUAGUUA